UUGUGUAUGUGUUUAUAUGCUUUAUCUGGGGUAAAGGAACCCAGUGCUUUCAACAGAUGCUCAGAAAAAUAAAAGCAUGGAGAAUCCUGGCCUGAGUUCAACUUUCACCAAGCAAACAGAAUUUUUGAGUCCUUAUCUGUAAAAUGGGUACAAUAAUACCUACUUCCUUGGGUUCUUGGGAGGAUACAGUGAGGGGAACAUAAGUGGAAUGCUUUUAUACACUGAGAAAUGUCAUAGAGAUGUCAUUAGAAUGCUGGCUGGCUGCCUUCUUGGAAUUUGGGGGCCAAGGUUGGUGAGGCAGGCAGGACCCCUUUCACAGCAAAUUCUUUGGAUUUCUGAAAAGGUGUUGGGAUAUGAGAAGAGUAUAUAUUUGGUGCAGUGUUAUGGAGGUGCUGGAAUGGGCGAUGUGACUGGCUGGAUAGGAAGGUUUCUUUGGGAAGGCACCAACCAUGGCUCAAACAAGAGGUGAAUAGGCGGCUUUAUCUGGAGUGCAGGCCCCGGGGUGGAUAGGUCAGUGACUGGCCACACCACGGUGGAUCAGGGGAAUCGGAUCUCCACAGAACAAAUGACAGCAUGCUUUCUGAGCCCUGGUCCUCCUCUCCUGACAUUCCUUCUGCCCACAGAUGUACCGAGGCUUCACCAAGAUGCCCCACGUGCAGUACAUCCACACAGAAGCUUCUGAAAGUCUCUGUGGCCUGAAGCUAGAAGUCAACAAGUACCAGUACCUGCUGACAGGCCGUGUCUAUGAUGGUAAGAUGUACACAGGACUGUGCAACUUCGUGGAGAGGUGGGACCAGCUCACCCUCUCCCAGCGCAAGGGGCUCAACUACCGGUAUCACUUGGGCUGUAACUGCAAGAUCAAAUCCUGCUACUACCUGCCUUGCUUUGUGACCUCCAAGAACGAGUGCCUCUGGACCGACAUGCUCUCCAAUUUCGGCUACCCUGGCUACCAGUCCAAACACUACGCCUGCAUCCGGCAGAAGGGUGGUUACUGCAGCUGGUACCGAGGAUGGGCGCCCCCGGACAAAAGCAUCAUCAAUGCCACAGACCCCUGAGCACCAGACCCUACCCCACCUCACCUCCCUCCUUUCCCGCUGAGCUUCCCUCGGACACUAACUCUUCCCAGAUGAUGACAAUGACAUUAGUGCCUGUUUUCUUGCAAAUUUAGCACUUCGAACACUUAAGGAAAAGUCUAUGCUGUCAUAUGGAGUUUAUUUGAAACCAUCCUCCUGGCCCCACCCUGCCCCUUCUUUUUGGCCUUGACAUCACCCAUUUCCACGCGGGAAUUUUUGGUGCCAUGCCAGAAAGAAUGAGGAAUGUACACUCCUCUUCUUCGUGAUAAUAUAAUCUAUUUUUUUAGGAAAACAAAUAUCGAAAAACUACCCCAUUUGGGCAUUGUUAACAUCUACCCCUCUCUCUUCUUCCCCACCUCACCAUCUCCCAGACCCUUUUCCCUUGGCUCUUCUCCUCCACCCCAGUACAUAAAAGACACAGACAAGGAAGAUGCUGAGAGGUCAACUGUUUCAGGAUCAGUCCAGGGCAGCAAGCAGACAGACUCAAGGUACGCAGAAGAUCUUAUACACCAAGGAGAUGCUACUGCAUGUCCCAACCAGACUGUCUGUCUGUGUCUGAACGUAAGAGUGAGGGAGGGAAGGAAGAGACGGCAGGAGAGGGUCUGAGAGGAUGCAGUACACACAGUUCCCCCAGGCCAGUGCCGCUGGGAUUGACCAGAUGUUUCUGAGUCUGGAGCAAGCAGCCAGGCCAGAAUAACAGAACUUUCUUAGUUGACGAAGACUUAAACAUCUGCCUGAGGUCAAGAGGCAAUUUGCCUGCCUUGUACAAAAGCUCAGGUGAAAGACUGAGAUGAAUGUCUUUCCUCUCUCUAUCUCCCACAAGACUUCCUCCUGGAAAACUCUUUCGUAGAUUUGGCCAGGAGCUUGCCUUUAUGUAAAUUGGAGGAAUACACACACCAUACACUAUCCACCGAUAUAGUCAAGUAGAUUUGGGUAGAGAAUACUAUUUCCGAAGUAGGGUUUAGCUCACCUAGGGGGAUGUGUUUGUAUACACAUUUGCAUAUACCCACACGGGGACAUAAGCUAAUUUUUUACAGGACACAGAAUUCUGUUCAAUGCUGUUAAAUAUGCCAGUAGUAUAAUCUCUUCUAUUUUUUUGUUGUUGCUUGUUUGAAGAAAAUCAUGACAUUCCAAGUUGACUUUUUUUUUUCAUUUUAAUUAAAAUUUGAAAUUCUGAACACUCUUGACAUCCCUCUAACUGGGGUCAUCUGACCUCUGUCCCUAUCCUUUUCUCCUGCUUCAUGUUUGGGGCCUUCAUUUAACUGCCUUACUGGCUUGGCUCAGGUGGGAGAUGAGAGUUAGUGUGGGUCAGGGGCCGGGGCACAGGAGGGAAAGCUGCAAAGUGUCCUGCCUCAGCGAGAUGGCCACUUUCCUGGGUUUCGAGACAGCCUGUUCUUCUUCCCCCAGCUCACUGGUGGGCGAACACCACCUCCUGAGGUCUUCACCUCAUGGGAUUAAAAUCAGUGGUCACUGGGGAAGCCUGACUCUGCAAUCAGCUGUAGGGUUUUUUUGUGUGUGUUUUUUUUGAAAUAAAACUAUAAUAUAAGUUCUCUGAUUAAAUAAAAUUAUUUUAAGUUCAAGUAUUGAAAGCGAGAUGCCAAGAGUAGGUGAGAAUGUAUAUUUUACAGAGUUGGGGGUGGUAGGACGGUGACAUUUAACAUGAUUGCUCUGUCUCUUUUUUCAGAUUAUGGGUAUUUAUCCUCUUAGUAUUUGUAUCUUCAGUUCAUUCCACUUUAGGAAACAGAGCUGCCAAUUGAAACAGGAGAAAAAAAAAAAGAAGCAAACAACACAUUGUAAUGUCUUGCAUGCACACACACACACACACACACACACACACACGCCCAGGCAAGGUGUUUGGUAGAACUCCUCAGUGGGAAGGAGUACAGGCAUCCGGCUUCUGUGGGAUCCAUUUUAUUUUCUUGUAUCUUUCACCUUAUGGUCAUGCCAUCUGGUGGGGGGGAAAUGGGAGGCUUUGCCCUCUCAAUGCAGCAGUAUAAGCAAAAGGAGCUGAGGUCAGCAGUCCAGUGGUUUUUAAGAAGUAAGCCCCAGCCUUGCUGUUCUGAGAUUUUCUUGAUUUCAACCUUAAAGUCUUCUAAGGUGGAACCCCUGACCCAACCCACACAAGUGUCCUCCCACAAAUGGACAUCAGCAUCCCCUCUAUGAAGCAUUGAUAAUUCUUGGUCCCUGGUGGGGCCACCUCCACUCACACAAAGCAGGACCUGGGGUGAGGCCUGAGCAUGAGUCAUCUGAGGUUUCCCCUGCAGAAAUGUUGGUGGAACCACAGUCCCAUCUGCCAGGCCCUGGCGAAGAGAACAGCAGGUCCUGGGCAAAGAAGGGUCCUUUGCAAAGCGAUGUUGGCAGAGGGCGGUUUUUGAGCUUUCUAUAAGCUAUAGCUUUGUUUAUUUCACCUGUUCACUUACUGUAUAAUUUAAAGUCAUUUAUGUAGCUGAGACACUUCCGUAUUUCAAUCAUAUCGUGAACGUUUUAUUUUGCUAAAUCUUGUGUCAUGUGUAGGCUUUAAUAUGUGUACAUUGUGUUUAAGAGAAAAAAAAAAAAAAUGAAACCCACAUGCCGCCAUUUUCCUGAAUCAAAUUCUACAGUGGAAUGGAGGGUAAAAUACUUCUACUGUGCAGGCAGCUCGACUGGCAAACUGGAGAAAUGAGAAGGAACUAGCCCUUGAGACUCAUCCAUCCUCCUCCCUUUAUCGGCAUCCCAGUGCUUUCUGGAGCAGGAAGGAGGAGGGGAAAACAGCAAGUACAUUCAUGUCCUUGCUCUGUAUCAACUGGCACUGGGCAGUCUGCUGGUCAUUCCCAUUCUUCUUCCACUUGAUCUUUGACCACCCAACUGGGAAGCCAUGAUUUCUCCUAAAAAUCCAGGGCCAUGGGAACUAUGAUUCCAAGACCUCUUGGCCUCAUCUGGCCAACUCUUCUGCCUCCCUAUCCAGACAGCACUAUACCCAGCCGCUCUCCUCUCAGACCUGUGCUCCAUCUGGUUGGGUAGAUAAUACUGGAGACCCUUAUCCUUUACCGUCACCCAGCUCCAGACCUACAUCAUGGCAGUUGAGGUACAGCCCAUGAGCACCAUUUUUCAUAUAUUGGUUCUUGAGCAAUUAAAGAAACAAAAGACUUAUCGGAAGGACUUUUUUUCAGAGACACUGUGGCCCCCUGGGAGAGAGUACCCUCCCCUGCCCCGGCCUUUCAUCUUUUGUUUGAUGGUCGCCAAUGUGGAUUACCCCAAGAUGGCACCCGAGUGUUUGGCUCCUGGCUACCAAAAGUAAAAAUAUCACUACAGUAGUUUUACACAAGGAAAACACUUUAAAAAUCUGAUGACAGAAGCAAAAAAAAAAAAAAUGUGGAAGUGUAGGGGAGAUGGAUAUCAAUAGCCUCCAAAUUGGCUCUUGGGAAGUGUGAGGAGGGAAAGAACUUAAAGACCAGUUUGUGCUUUGAGGGGAGGGGCUUCAUAGAUUCUCCCAGGCCCUCACCCUUCCCUUUAGCCAGUCUGCUGUCCUGAGACCCAGAAGUGAUAGAGAGAAACCAACCAGAGAAAACCCUGUCUGGAAGGAAUGUAUUUGUUGCUAAAUUUUGUAGCAGUGUUUACAGUUUUCCUCCAUGUUAUUUAUGAAUUUUAUAUUCCGUGAAUGUAUAUUGUCUGUAAUGUUGCAUAAUGUUCACUUUUUAUAGUGUGUCCUUUAUUCUAAACAGUAAAAUGGUUUUAUUUCUAUCACACA